AUGAAGAAGUUGUUGGAAACGAUAAUAUCUGUGAUGUUGUUCUUGCUGCUCUUCCUGCACUGUGUCUGUGGCCUUGCAGCCCUCCGUGAUGACAGUUGUACGUACGAUACUACUGUGUGGAAGAACAUGAAAAAUAAAACUGAUUAUACACCUUUGCCUGUUUCUAUUAUACGAGAAUUACCUCAAAGUGGUAAGAGUACUGUUUCCCUCUACACAACAACAACAACAAGUACUACUACUACUACUACUACUACUUCAGUAAAAAGUGAUGAGGAAGAUUGGAUGCCUAUUCGUAUUCAUCUCUCUUCUGACGAGUUGGAUAGAGUGAUGAGGCGCUGCAGUAGUGGAAUGACUGUUUCUUCACAUAGACACUCUCCAUCAUGUCGUGAUGGAAAUGUACUCACACCUCAGAAACGAGACAUUCUGUUGAAUGAACUCCUUCCUGCAGCUAUUGCAUUGCACAGUGAGCGUCUUCUUGUGGUGCGAUCACGGUUUAAUUUGGUCAUCAUACAAUUUAUCUCAGAGAUGUGCUACACAUACGUUGAGCUUCCCGCAGCGUAUGAGAGUGUGGGUGUGGUUGAGGCGGAUUUUGUGUUGUUUGUGUUGGCAGAGACGGUGGCACCAUUUGUGGUGAUCUGCUCUGAGGCCGAUGAUGGGCGGCCGACGUCUGCGGCGAUGAACUUUGCACCCGCAGACAUUGUCAACACACGACUGUUCACUCGCAUCAUUGCACACAAUUUGGCCCACGCCCUCGGGUUUGAUGUGCGGCGAAUCAGUGAAAUGGGAAUGAUCGCAAAAAGUGGAAUAACUACAACUACUACAGCAGAGGAGAGG